AACAACUAGCUAUAGCCAUAGCCUUAGGCUUAGGCAUAGUUUAAGAAUCAUGGAGUACUCUAUUCAAAUUAAGGGUGGUUUGAUAAAGUGAUUGUCAAUAAAGAGCUGUACCUAAAUUUUUUUAUGCAAACUAAGCUGGUCCUUAUUUCAUUUUAAUAAGACUAGCCAACCAAUCCCUUACCAACCACUAGUUCCCUAUCCUAAGAUUCUAAUGACAACCCAUUAGUUACUGCAAUUAUAUGUAUCUAUCUAUCCAUAUCUAUAUGUAUGUGUGUAUGUGUGGGAGAGGACAGACAUGGUUAAAGGAUGAACGGCUCCUUAGUCUCUCUUUUGAAAAUUUUCCUUUGGAAAAAUACCUUGAUUUAGACCACAAAGAACGAAUAUUCUCUACUAAAGCUGCACCAGUUGCAUUCUAUAGAUGUAUAGUAUUGGUACUACAAGCUCAUAAGUUUUCUUAUUGAAAUCCAUCGCUUGCUUCCAAGUACUGGCCUACAAUGGCGGUUCAACACUCCCUUGAACUAGAUAAUGGUUCCUGUGACGAUGAUGGACAUCCCGCAAGAACGGGUAAUGGAGAUUUCAGGACUAGAACGCUUUUAAUUAGUUUUGUGUUAUUCGGUUUUGGUCCAACGGAGCUUUAACUUUACGGUGUGUAUGUGUGGGAACUCAAUCAGGGACCUUGUGGAGUUGUGUUGCACACAUAAUUACUGCUGUUAUAGGCUCUGGAGUAUUGUCCUUGGCUUGGAGUACUUCACAGCUAGGAUGGUUAGCAGGACCUAUUGCCUUGCUUAUCUUUGCUAUUAUCACCUAUCUUUCGGCUUUCCUUCUUUCCGAUUGUUAUCGGACCAACGAUGGAACACGAAACAAGUCUUACAUGGACGCUGUUCGGAUGUAUCUUGUUCAGGUAGAAAGCGGACAUGGAUGUGUGCUUUGCUUCAGAACCUGAGCUUGUAUGGGACUGAUAUUGCUUAUGUAAUUACUACUUCAACCAGUAUGAGAGCAAUUCAGAAAUCAAACUGUUACCAUAGAGAAGGGCAUAAAGCAGCAUGUUCAUAUGGAGAUACUACAUAUAUGUUGCUAUUUGGAGGUGUUCAAGUAGUGAUGUCACAGAUACCAGAUUUCCAUAACAUGGAGUGGCUUUCAGUUGUUGCUGCAAUCAUGUCCUUUACUUACUCUUUCAUAGGGUUUGGACUUGGAUUUGCACAAGUGAUAGAAAAUGGGAGGAUUCAAGGGAGUAUAACAGGAGUGCCUGCUGAUAGUGUUGCUGAUAAACUAUGGUUAGUAUUUCAGGCACUUGGAGACAUUGCAUUUGCUUAUCCAUAUUCAAUUAUCCUUCUUGAAAUACAGGAUACCUUGAAGUCACCUCCACCAGAGAACAAGACCAUGAAAACAGCUUCAAUGAUUGCAAUCUUUGUAACAACAUUUUUCUACCUCUGUUGUGGUUGCUUUGGAUAUGCUGCCUUUGGCAACAAUACGCCAGGAAAUCUCUUGACGGGAUUUGGAUUUUAUGAGCCUUAUUGGCUUAUUGACUUUGCUAACGCUUGCAUUGUUCUUCAUCUGGUGGGUGGAUAUCAGAUAUUUAGUCAGCCAGUGUUUGCAUUUGUGGAAAGAUGGUUUACCAACAAGUUCCCAAGCAGUGGGUUUGUGAAUAACUUCUACACUAUCAAACUCCCAUUGCUGCCUUCAUUUCAAAUGAAUCCUCUGAAGAUAUGCUUUAGAACAGCCUAUGUUGCAUCCACAACUGUGAUUGCAAUGAUCUUCCCAUACUUCAACCAGGUUUUAGGAGUGUUGGGGGCAUUGAAUUUUUGGCCUUUGGCUAUAUAUUUUCCAGUGGAGAUGUACUUUGUGCAGAAGAAAAUCCAACCCUGGACCAGAAAAUGGGUUGUUCUUAGGAGUUUCAGCUUUUUCUGCUUGCUUGUCAGUAUUGUGGGAUUGAUAGGGUCGAUUGAGGGACUUAUUAGUGCAAAAUUUGGGUAAAAGACUGUAAAGGAAAGACUACAUAUUAUGUUUUCUUGACAUAAUGUAUUUCAUGAACUUCAAGCUUGACAUUGGAUUUUUUUUUUCUCAAAAUAUAGCUCAAUUUACAAAUAUGUCAAGUUAUUCA